UAAAUAAAUAAAUAAAUAAGCCUCUCUCUCUCUCUCUCUCUCUCUCAUUUUCUCUCUCUACAGAACGGCGUUUGCGAUUCCUUAUCCCCUUAAUAAUCCCUUUCCAAAUUCCAAUACACAAAAUACAACUCUGCUUAGCUCCUCCAUAACCAUUAAUUCUGAGCUCUGAGAGUGUCCCUUUCCCAAGACUGAAGCACAAUGGGGGCUUCGCAAAACGGCGACGUACCUCUCUCCCCGCUUCACGGCUUGAAAUCCUCGCAGCCGCACGCUCUCAGAUUCUCCAAGCACGUCCACGACAACGUCCACGGCAACAUUUUCCUCGAUCCUCUCUCUUUGAAGUUUAUUGAUACUGAGCAGUUCCAAAGGCUUCGUGACCUCAAACAACUUGGAGUGUCCCACAUGGUUUAUCCAGGGGCUGUACAUACCCGGUUUGAACAUUCUCUUGGGGUGUAUUUCCUUUCUGGUGAAGCUGUUCAAAGGCUGAAAAAUUAUCAGGGAAUGGAGCUUGAUAUUGAUCAUUUUGAUAUCCAAACAGUGAAGCUCGCUGGACUGUUGCAUGAUGUUGGUCACGGGCCUUUUAGUCACUUGUUUGAACGAGACUUUCUUCCUCAGGUUUGCAUUGGUUCUGAUUGGUCUCAUGAGCAAAUGUCAGUGAAGAUGGUUGAUCACAUUGUUGAUGAGCAUUCUAUUGAUGUUGACUCUGAAAUGAUCAAAAGAGUGAAGGAGAUGGUUCUGGCUAGCUCUGAAUUUAAACAGCCACAAGCAUCAAGGGAGAAGAAGUUUUUAUAUGAUAUUGUUGCAAAUGGCCGAAAUGGAAUUGAUGUAGACAAGUUUGAUUAUAUUGUCCGUGACUGCCGAGCUUGUGGGCUAGGAUGCAACUUCGAGUCUCAAAGGUUACUGGAGACUAUGCGGGUUUUGGAUGAUGAGAUUUGCUAUCGGGCCAAGGAAUACCUAACCAUCCACAAGUUGUUCGCCACUCGAGCCGAUCUCUACCGAACAGUUUAUAUGCAUCCAAAAGUAAAGGCAAUAGAGCUUAUGGUAGUAGAUGCGUUGGUGCAAGCAAAUAGUUAUCUUGAAAUUUCGUCCCAUAUAGAUGACCCCUCAGAAUACUGGAAGCUAGAUGACACGAUAAUCAAAACUAUUGAGACUGCUCCUGAUCAAGAAUUGAAGGAAGCUAGGGAUCUGAUUCUGCGAAUACGAAGGAGAAAUCUAUACCAGUUCGUUAACGAGUAUGCUGUACCUAAGGACAGGCUAGAAAACUUCAAAAAUGUCACAGCUCAAGAUAUUGUCUGUUCUCAGAAAAAUGGUGGAGUGAUACUCCGAGAGGAGGAUGUUGCUGUUACUAACGUUAAGAUUGAUUUGACUCGCGGAAGGAAUAAUCCUCUUGAAAGUAUCCAUUUUUUCAAGGAUUAUGAGAGUGAUGAGAAAUUUUGCAUACCUGAUGAGCGUAUUAGUCACUUGCUGCCUACAUCUUAUCAAGAUAUGAUAGUGAGGGUCUAUGCCAAAAAGCCCGAAUUGGUGGGAGCCAUCUCUGAGGCCUUUGAAAAUUUCCAGUUAAGAACAUAUGGAAUCAAAGCGCAAGUGCACGCAACACCAGAGAAAAAGAAACGGCGCAUAUGAGUAAGGACACUAAUGGAGGAUUCUGCUUUGUAGCAUGGAUAUAGAAAACCACAAAGAGGCGUAUGAGUUUUGACAAUAUAUUCCAGCAAACUACAUAUUAUGUGUAUAGUUGAUGAUGAUUUUUCUCAACUGGGAAUUUAUAAUUACCCCAAAGUUUUGUACAGAUAUUAUGUGUCAUCUUUGCUGAAAUAUGGUAAAAAGGCUUGCUUAUAUAAAACCUUCUCCUGUGUAAUUGUUCUGAAGAUGAUCAUCAUUUCCCAACUAUGGUUUUGUGAGUACUA